CCGUAUGCGGGUGUCUCCCUUUGCUGCGGUGAGGAGCUGGGCUCAAGGCUGUUUCACUUCCAUUCCAGCUGCCUCUGCAAAGGUGGAAGAAGAAGCCCUGACUUCACUGUUUUGCUGUCGGCUGAUCGCUGUUUGUUGAGCGCAUGACAGGAAAGCACAGGGGCCUCGGAGAGAAAACUCACAGCCAGCAGUGAGGCCUGCCUGCCACUGAAGCAGACCAGCCAGCAUUGUAAAGUGGCCUUAGUGUAUAUGAGAAUCAGACCCAGAGGGCUCCACAGGUGAAAAAUGAAGGUUCAGUGAUGCUUAAACAUGCUGCUAAAGAAUUAUGGGUACCUGCUGUAUGUAAUGGCAUGGGCUCAGCAGCCUUAAGUAGACCAACGUGUGAGUAAGAAGCUUCAGACUCCCUCCCAAUAUUUUGAAGUAUAGAAGGAAGAAAUGAAUCUUGCCAAUGAUGGUGCAAUGUCCAGAUCCAUAUUUGACUGGGACUAUGUUCUGUGGGAAGUUCGUUUGACAUUACUAGCAGCUGGUUUUUUCAUCUACCUGGGAGUAUUUCUUCUAGCUCACUGGCUUUCUUCAUGGAUCAGUGCUACUUAUCGUGCUUUGUCAGCAAAGGAAAAGGUCUUCUGGAAUAUGACUAUCACACGUGGCGUGUUUGGAGUUCAGAGUUGCAUAGCUGGGUUGUGGGCCAUGCUCAUAGAUCCAGUUUUUCAAGCUGACAAAGUGUAUUCACAGCAAAAGUGGAGCUGGUUUAAUUGCUUAAUAGCCUCUGGCUUCUUUUUGCUUGAAAAUGUAGGUGUUCAUCUGUCUAAUAUUAUUUUCAAGACGUUUGAUGUAUUCUUGGUAGUUCAUCAUUUACUUGCCCUUGGUGGCUUUCUUGGGCUGAUAACAAACAUAAAAUCUGGACACUAUCUACCCCUGAUUGGACUGCUACUUGAGAUGAGCACUCCUUCAACCUGCUUCUCCUGGGUACUUUUAAAGAUUGGCUGGUCUAAUACCCUUUUUUGGAAGGCAAACCAGUGGGUAAUGAUCCACCUGUUUCACUGUCGCAUGAUCAUUACUUAUCACAUGUGGUGGGUGUGCAUUUCCAAUUGGAAUGAUGUGGUGGAAAAUAUGGGACUUCCAUAUUUUACUGUCUUUUUCAUGGGAUUAUGUUCACUUACAAUAAUACUUAACCCAUACUGGACAUACAAGAAGACCAAGCAGCUCCUCACUCCAGUUGACUGGAACUUUUCAAAUACAGCAAUGAAAAAUGGAUCUUUUGGAAAACUAAACGGUGAAACAGGCCAAAAGAAGAGGCUAUAAUGCUGCAACAGAUAUUAUGGUAAAAUAUGGCCAGAAGAACAUGGAGCAGGUUUACUCCUGAGUGCAUGAAAAUAGAAUUAUUUACAAGACGUUUAUAAACAUAUUGCUCAGUUGGCCGAUUGUUAUCAGUAUUCUAUACUCAUUUAUCAAAAGUGUUUAAAAUUGUUGCUCUCUCUCUCUUUUAUAAUAUAAAUAACACAGUCAAAAUCUUUGACUCAGUCAGGAUUUAUGCCAGCAUUUUUCUCAUGUUGGACAGUGCUCUGUCAUUUAACAAUGAAAAGCAAGCGUCUAUCAUUCAUUUUAGAAUCUCCAAGUGCUUUACAAAUAGCUAAUUAAGCCUCACAGCUCCUCCUUGAGGGAGAUUAGCAUUAAUCCCAUUCAGUAUA